AUGGCUACGCUCACUAGUACAACCAAGAAACAAACAGCCACGGAGAUUCAAGAUGCUGACAAGUUGACACCAUUCAACGCGCCAAAAUAUAGUGUAACUUUCCCUAGGCGACCUAAGGUCCUUCCAAUCCUGAAAGAGCUUCCGCAAUGGCAGAAACAAUAUUCAAAUAGCAAGAUCAUUAAUGGGUACGUCAGAGAAACAAAUUCUCUCAUAAAAUGCCUUCAUACAGUAACCUAUUGGAAUAAUCAAACUGUAAAUAUAAUUCUCAAUACAGUUUUUUCCACAGUCUAUUUUACCUUACUCUUAUUUUUCACAGACCUUUAUUUGAUUCCCUCUUCCCCAGCAACAACUAUGUCAGACUACAUUAUGGUUAAUUUUUACCUCUUCGGAGCCUUCCAAUAUUUUGCUCUAAACUCCAUUUUUUACCUCUUGGAAUCCCAUUCCCUCGCCAAAUGCCACUUAUGGUUCAAAUUGAGCCAUUUAGCCUUUAUUAAUUAUAUUUCAACAUCCAUUAUUACCCAAUUAUACUACACAUUUUUCGAUAACGUCUUUUAUUUUAAAUUCCUCACCAUUUCGACCUUAUUAAUUUCUUCUAUCUUUGCAAUAUUCACACUAUCAGAACAAUUUUUAAGGAAAAAUAGAAGUCAAAGAAAUAUGGUUUCCAUUACCUUCAUUGUAUCUUUACUCAUCCUACCUACAGCAUCGUUGAUGUUCAAAUUUAACACAUUUAGGAUACUAAGAAGAGUGGAGGGGAAAGCCAUACUAUUAGAGCUCUCUCUAUAUCUCUUCAGUAUGACCUUGAAGGCAGUUCAAGUUCCAGAAAGAUUUUCGGAGAAUUUUGACUUCAUUGGGAACUCAGAAAAUAUUUAUCACAUCUGUAUCAUUCUAGGUUCCCUUCUCCAUUUCAAAAUGCUUUUGAACUCUUAUUUCUUCAUGCAUUCGGGACUUGAUGCCUCCAACUUAGUAACUUUUAAUGUGUAA